UCUAUGUUAUCGGUCCUCCGUACAACCUUUUCUUCGUAUCAGGGGUGGCGCCAUCUAGCGACAAUCGCACGAAGGAUUUGCGUUGUGGAUACGCCGCCUCGCCGCUACUGCCAUCGUUGUCAAAAAGGGUAAGAGACUAUCUUGCGGUUCUUUCAGGAGAUAUAGCGACAGUGUAUGGCGCUUCGUUGAGCAGCAGUAGCUUCGUAGUUGGUGCUUCGUAGGCUAAUGCUAGCGGCGGCGCUAAGUUCUGGAUUGCCUUGUAGCUUGUUGCUGUUAUUGCCACAGUGCGAGCAAACGUAGCCUAUUGUCCUGCGCCUUAUUUCCCUGAAUCACCUCUUCCAAAAGAGUAACGUGCUCACGACGGCGGCCUGCGAAUAUUACCACCGCCACUAUUGCUGCUGGCACUGCUGUCUAGUAAAGUUGCGUUGUUACUGUGUUCAAGGCACAUGGGUGAGAGUAGUCUCUCUCCAAUAUCCUUUCUAUAGGAGGGUUCGAGUGGGGAGACCCACCGCUAGAGAGCGAGUGGCCGUCCAAGCGGUCGCCAGCCAAAGUAAACAAGAAAGAAGUGAAGGCCAAGUGCGUGGUCCUUCCUGCAAGUUCCACCCAUUCCUGAUGAAACGAAGAGCAUCACAUGCAGAGGAAUAACGAGAAUACAGAUUACUCAUAGAAUGAGAAUUGUUUGUACGUUUGUUUUUUGCUCUCGAGCAAUACAGCAACAACGAUAGCGCCAAGCCAGAUAGCUUGUUUAUUGCAAGGGAAAAGCGAAGAAACGGUGGCAGUUUAUCGUUGUGUGCUGUGCUAUACGAGGCAUCGCAGGGCUCAACCCCGCAGUAGCGUCAGUUGAAAACAGUGUUAUCCUCAUUUAAUAGUUGUUUCGGUCGCCGAAUAAGGCUGUGGCUGCUCCCGCUAACACUCGGCGUUCCUAUCAUCGUCGGCGGAGAUUAGGACACUCAGCGUGAAAUUAAUCAUGUUAAGAAGCGUUUAUUAUCGCGUGAUGAUGCUUCGUUGUACGUGUGGCCAGCUGGCAUAGGAGCUUGUUGUUAGCGUUGGUUAUAUUGAAUGCUUGUUCCCAGUGAGGUGUCACACUUGUGGAGGCACUGCGUGUGGAGCAGCGGAUAAAGUUUCUUUGUGCCGUGAUGUGCCAUGACAACCUAAUGGAUACAACGAACUUCAGCCUCACGCAUGUAUAAAAGUAAUAGCGACCAAAAGAAAGUCCGAGUCGAAUGUGGCUAAUGACGACUACGUGACAGGACAAGACUGAUCUCAGGAGAAGAAGUAGCUGACUAUGGGGUUUCUACGAAGGAUAACACUCCUUCGAAAAAGGAAACUUCUGCUGGCAGUCCUCUCAUGUAUGACCGUUGCGCUAGCAGACGAUUCAGCUCCGCGAAUUACACAUGGACCGCUGUCAGGCGUCGUAUCGAAAGGAGGACAUGGAAUUUUGACCUGUCGGACAUCGGGAGUCCCUCCUGCGCAGGUGCGAUGGCUAAAGAAUGGCCAGUUUGUGUCGAAUUUCAGCUAUACAUUUGCCUUUAAGAUCACCGGCGCAACAGACCACGAUGAAGGCGAAUAUCGUUGCCUGGCGAAGAAUUCAGUGGGUUCGGUGCUGUCCAAAGCGGCGAAGGUGUCUAUAGCGAGCAUAGAAACAAACGGUCCACUCACAAAUCGGAUGACGUUUACUUCACCCGAAGGCGAUGUACAGAUCCUGUCAAAACCAGCCGUCCGUUCAGUUCCGCGAGCGAUCGCCCAGUGGACGCGUGACAGGACCCCAAUAGUCAGCGGAGACCACUAUCACGUUUCUCAAGAUCAACGGUUAUUUAUACUGGACGCGCAGCAGGAACUCCGCGGCGAGUACAGGAUCGAGUUGACUAAUCAAGUGACAGGCGGCGUAGUAGAAGGACCUCCCAUCGAAUUCAAGAUAUUUUCUAGAAGCAUGUCGCCAACACCGAAAAUUGUGCUACCGCCGGCGGAACGCGUAAAUCUGAGUGUGCCCCCUGUCGGAGUUCAGCCCGUUCCAAGCGAUGUACAUGUUCUUGAAUGUGUCGCUAACGGACACCCGAUUUCACAGCUUCGCACGUUAUGGUUCAAGGACGGCAUAGAACUGGAGUAUACAGGACUUCCGGUCCUAUUUGAAGCACGCAAUCGCUCUGUAAUCCUGGACAAGCUAAGUCUCGACCACGCCGGCAUGUAUGAGUGUCGUGUGUUCUUGCAGACAUCGUAUGGCCCAUUAGGGACCGAUUCAGCGUUUAGUAAUGUAACCGUCUCUACGAGACCGGUCGUUCAACAAAUGCCCCCCGAACGAGCCAUCGAUACGGGAUCCUCACUUGGUCUGACAUGCAACGCGACUGGCCACCCACAUCCGGAGAUAAGUUGGUUUCGCAAUGGCGAACGUCUUGAGCAACGCGGCACGUAUCUUGAGGUGAACAAUAGCGAUGAAGGUGGAGUGUAUCAAUGUCUAGCCCGUAAUUGGGUGGGCGAAGACAUGAGUUCGACGUGGGUAAACGUGAAACGACUUCAGCCGAUGUUCGUUCGACGGCCCCAAAAUGUGACCGCUUUGGCAGGCGAAACAUUCUCGCUCGACUGUAACGCCACUGGAGCCCCGCAACCACGCGUCCGCUGGGUUUUCAAUGAGCAGGAGCCUGUUGAAAGCCAAGGCCGGUUCCGAAUCGAUCCUGAUACUAGGUCGUUGACGGUAUCUCGGGCCGAGGUCAACAACACGGGAAGGUAUACCUGUGAAAUGAGCAAUUCAGCGGGCCGGACGGAGGCUUCGGCGUACGUUACCGUAUUGAGCAGAACUCGAAUCGAACGCCCGCCACAGGACAGUCGUGUCAUUCUUGGCAAUACCGCAGUCUUACAGUGUGGGGUGCUGAGCGACACGAAGGGAGGCGGUGAGCCAGAACUCACCUGGUUAUUUAAUGGACGACCGCUUCCAGCGAAUUUGCGGGUGGUAGUGAGAGACGACGGAGCCCUCGUGAUCCGGCAUGCGCGGAAUACAGACAUUGGAAACUAUACCUGUCAGGUAACGUCCCCCGGGGGCAACGAUGCACGUACGGCACGUCUAGACGUCAUUGAACUACCGCAUCCACCCACAUUCGUCCAUGUUACCAUAGUCAAUGAGUUCCCUAAAACUGUCAAUGUGUCCUGGGCGAAGAGCUUUGAUGGAAAUUCGCCGAUCACAUCCUACAUAGUCGAACGAAGGGAGUUUCGAACAAACCAAAGCGAGGAUUACGACCUAUUGACUGGUUGGAAAGAACAUCAAAACAACAUAUCGGCUGAUGCCACAUGGCUCCUUGUUGGCAUGCUGAAGCCCUCGGUCCCGUAUGAGUUCCGAGUACGCGCUCAAAAUGCUGUGGGUUUCGGCCAGCCCCGUCGAGCUGCAGAAACAAUUAUUUUGCCAGCCGAAGCUCCUGGAGGCCCUCCUACAAAUGUGGUAGUGGCGGCUCGAAGCCCAACCUCAAUAGUACUUCAGUGGAACCCGCCUACGGAAGGUGAUCGUAAUGGAGCGAUUCUCGGCUAUGCAAUCCGGUAUCGAUUAGCCGGUUAUUCGGGCUCCACUGAGGCUGAGCGUCGGGUUAACGCUAGUCAACAGCUACCUUUUAUACUGGACGAACUGAUUGUGUGGCAAACCUACGAGGUCCGGGUAGCCGCAUUUAACGAAAAAGGUGUCGGUGUAUUUUCGGAGCCACUGACGGUUCGCACUAAAGAAGCACCUCCACAGAGCCCACCGACGUUACGACAGGUUUACGCCGUUAACUCCACGCACAUCAAGGUAGUUUGGAGCCCGCCUGAUCCUCAACAAAUCAACGGGAUUAACCAAGGAUACAAGGUUGAAGCCUGGUACAAUGGCGAAGUUGAAAAAUCAAUCAGGGUGGGUCCGUCAACGGGAGAUCCUCGGGACGAUCAAGAGGAGAUCUUUGGCGGGUUGGCGAAAUACCGCUCAUAUAACAUUACGGUGCUAUGUUACACAUCGGCAGGCGACGGACCCAGAAGUCAUGGGCUCACAGUGUGCACGAAGCAGGAUAUUCCUGGACCUGUAAAAAAUAUGAACUUCGAAAAUGUCCUGGAUUCGUCCCUUGAGCUACUAUGGGAACCGCCGGAAGAGCCCAAUGGAAUCAUCCUUGGUUACACUAUUAACUACUGGGAGGAGAAAGAUAUCACUACCAAACUAACGGAAAAGGCCAAAUCAGAAAUUCGAAUGGUGUUCAUUUCUGGUUUAAAGCCAUUGACAUCGUAUGUAUUCGAGAUUUCGGCAAACACAAUGAUUGGUCGUGGGCCUCCAGUUGUUGCGUCAAUCCAGUCUGGAAUACCCCCCGUGCUUCCUGAGGCGCCUUCGAAUUUGGCCGUGUCCAAUAUCGGUCCGACCUCUGUGGUUCUGCAGUUCCACCCUGGCUUCAAUGGAAAUUCAUCGAUUCUCAUCUGGCAUGUCCAAAGCCAGCAGGGUCGCAAUGCGGAGUUAAGCAAGGGCGAAAAAAUGUCUUCAUGGAGCUCGCUGUUUGAGUACAAAGUCGAGGUGGACCGGCGCCGAAGACCCAACGAAAUCCCAGCAUCCACUCAAAGCAUCACUGUCCCGAAUCUAGUACCCUACACGGAGUAUAGGUUGCGAUUGGUCGCCGAGAACGUUGUGGGGCAAAGUGAGCCAUCUUCGCCAACUAAAUUUUUCGAAACACUUCAGGCUCCACCAACGAAGCCGCCGCAAAAUGUAACAGUGCGUUCAGUGAACGCGACUGCCCUGCGAGUACGCUGGACGCCUUUAGUCCAGGCAGACUGGUGCGGAGUGCCAAAAGGCUACAAUAUUUCACAUAGGCGCCUUUCGUCUGAUGACCCGCAUGCGGUCUAUCGGUCCGAGCUGUUAACAGAUCAUAACGCGAAUAGCUUCGUCAUCAAGGACCUCGGUCCAUUCAGUCAGUAUGAGGUGAUUGUGGCUGCGGUCAACGACGUCGGUUCGAGUCCGUGGUCGAACGCUUCAACAGCAAACACAAUCGAGGCCCCUCCAUCGGUUAGUCCCAGCGGUCUUGAGGGCAAAGCCACUACGUCAACUACAAUCGUUGUCAGUUGGCAGCCUCUGGAGAAACAUUACCGCAAUGGAGAUGUGCUUGGCUACAAGAUCUCGUAUCGUCCACUUAAACAAAGUUCGAAACCCCACGUGAGAUCGAUUGACGCUGGUAUCGAGAAAACAGCGUACUCGACAACACUUACCGAGUUACGAAAAUAUACCACAUACUCUAUUCAGGUGUUGGCGUUCACAUCGGCGGGAGACGGGCCCCUUAGCCAUCCGGUGAUGGCCACCACAUUUGAAGAUGUUCCUGGUGAGCCUUCAAACGUGUCAUUCCCAGACGUGUCGAUGACAACUGCGCGCAUCAUAUGGGACGUUCCCAACGAGCCAAACGGUGAAAUUCUUGGGUACAAAGUAGCGCAUGCACUUCUGAAACAGGGUGUCGAGCUAACCUUCACGAACAAGGAGGUCACGCCGAUGGAGCGCACUUUGAAGGUGAACAAUUUACGUCCCAAUGAAUACUAUGUCUUCUCGGUAACGGCGAGGACCAAGGAAGGUUGGGGACAAGAGGUCCGUGCGCAAGUGCUAACUACGUCAUCACGAGAACGGCCUCAAGCGCCUUCGUCACCAAUCGUCGCUCCAUCACAGAUUCAGGCCCGUCAAUUGACAUUUACAUGGGCACCCGGUGCAGAUGGCUUCGCACCUCUGCGAUACUACCUCGUUCAACAAUAUGAACCAUAUUCUCACAAGAGUUGGAAGACCCUUCCAACAAAAAUCGAUCCCCAGGUGACUAGUUUUACCGUAACUGGCCUUCGGCCAUCGACUGUAUACCAAUUCCGUCUGGAGGCUGUCAACGACAUUGGCUCGAGUGGAUGGAGCGCGGAGUCUAAUCGAACCAAAACAUUGCCAGCGGCUCCUGAGAGACCCCCGAGUGGGAUUGUCGUUACGCCGUAUACCACAACGUCGAUAACGGUCACCUGGACACCGCUAGAUGACCUAGAUUGGAAUGGGGAUACACAAACGCAGCUGAGGGGGUAUCGAGUCGUAGCGUGUCUGAUCGCCAGUGGUGUGCAGUUAGCCGAAUGUCGUUCUGAAGAGGUUCGUGGUCAGUACUCGUACAAUAUUACCAUCGAAGAUCUCAUUAAAGAUAGGGAUUAUGAAGUUCGAGUAUUUGCUGUAAACGCACAAGGCGAUAGUCCGGCGAGUCGAACAGAGAAGGUCGCUGUUGGCGAAGCCGUACCAACUGGUCGGCCACUUCACGUGUGGGCCGAAACCACGUCAUCGACCGAAAUUCGAGUGAUGUGGAAAUCGCCACCGAAGUCUGAGUUGAACGGUGCGCUCUUAGGCUACAAGAUUUUUUACACGCCGUUCAAAAUGUUGAAUGGUAGUUUGUUACGAGAACAGAAAGAAGCUGUUCCCGUGGAACCAACCCAGUAUACGCUUAUGGAUCUUGAGAGCUUCACUAAUUACUCGAUUCAGGUUUUAGCCUUUAAUCCAGCGGGCGAUGGACCCCGUUCCGAUGCAUUAAUUGUGCAGACACAAGAGGACAAGCCCGGUCCUGUCACGAAUCUGACCUUCAGUCAGAUUACGAUGUCAUCGUUGCUCGUUUCCUGGCAGGCGCCCCACAAUCCAAACGGGAUUGUAUUGAGCUACCGGCUUACCUAUGAGACGACCAACUCACAGGGCAAUGAGUUCAGCAAACAGGUGAAACAGAAAUUGAACGUGACGUACUUGCAUGUGAGCGGACUUCGCGAGAACCUUACGUAUACGUUUAGCGUGCGCGCCGAAACCAUCUGCGGAUAUGGGCCGGUAUUGAGCAAAAACGUUACCACGGGACCGCAAAAGAAUUCGCCGGAAGCGCCGACCGACCUCGUGUUGAAAAGCACCACGAUCAGUACGACGCUGUCUUGGAGGAAUUCGUUCGGAGGAGACGCCCCUAUAUCCGGCUACCUCAUCGAAGUGAAGCCAGCAACGUCUAGCAACGAAGAGGAGCCAUGGCACACGGUUGUUGCCUUGGACAAUGGAGCCCAACAGUCGUACACGCUAUCAUACCAAAAUCUCUUACCAUCAAUGGGCUACAAGCUUCGACUCAUGGCAAGAAAUCAGUUCGGCGUGUCAACACCAGUCUGCGCUAGGGAUAUCGUUGAGACACCAAAUAAGUACUAUCUGGAGUUGAAGCGCUCGAUGCCAUUCUACAGGGAGGUGUGGUUCCUUGUCAUGGUGGCCAUCACUACGACGAUCAUUAUCGUCCUAGUAGCAACCAUUUUAUGCGUGAAGGGAUCCGCCUAUAAAUACAAACGGUCGUACGGUUGACACGCGACCUAACCUAAGAGGCAAUAAUGGAUCUCAACAGCGACUGUGUAAUUCCUCAUUCACGUAUGUAUGGUAAAGGACUAUAUUUACUAAACAAUUAUAUUUGCCUGUUAUCGAAAAGAAGAAAAGACCUAUGAGCAACUAAGAUCAGUCUUUAUUUGUUGCCGCCGAUCGUUACCUAUAACCAUGGCUAGAGACGGUGAUGUGACGUGCGAGUCUUUGAAUACCUUUAACAUACUCAGUGUGGUUCCACCGGUAAGAGCACAAACAUUACCGUUAUCAUAACUACGAUAUAAAAAUAUAAACAACCAUAAAGGUAUGCGUCUUUGUACAUAAUUUCAAUAUUAACAAACUGUCAUGUUCGCACAAAAAUAUCUUGUGUGUUUCUUGUAAAUCGUCACACGGUCACCAUCAGUGGUGCCGACGCGUGAAAAUGGGAACGAGCAAAUCUACCUAAAAAUGAAUUCGAUUUGUUUUUUUAUUUUUUUUCUAAAUCAAACAAAGAUCAUUUUGCUUUAACUUUUAAAUCCGAUGCUGCUGGUAUUGAGGUGGCGGCGGCGGCAGCUCAGCGUGUACCUGUAAUCCUCUACGCAUAGGUUUAAUGACAUUUUGUUCAAAGUUGUAACGUAGUUGAUGGUGUGGAACCUCUAUCCUCAUAACCAACUUGUUCCUUGUAUAAAGCAUGAUUUCUGAAAUUAUUCGUUUUCUUCCAUGAAAGUGCUACAUUUCAGUGAUUUAGAUGCCUUUCCAUCUUUGUCUAACAAUAUUUAACCGUUGAAUGAUAAACUAGGCGAAGGGAGGGUUUUUUUUUUACUGAAUAUUAGUCUUCCUAACCAUAACUCAACCAUAUCUCCUUCAAAACAUCACCAAGAUACACCAAAGACUGAUUGUUUUAUUCGAGUGUAAGAAGAACUAGAUAUUGAAACGUCCCAUUAAAGCAAGGAUCCUUAAUAAUCCGCUAUAUACAACACGGAGUUCAUUCAGAAACACGCGUUAACAGUAUCUACUUGUUCUUUUUUCGGUGUUUACAAUACUUGUCUAGUAGUUAUCUCGAAAUAACCUUGAAAUAACCCUAGAGAUACAUUUAUCGAGGACGGGUCUAGAUUAGGCACCAUCCUGCAAUAUGAACGCCACUCAACUCUAAUAAUAAUAACUAUUAUUAUUAAGUAUUAGAUCGCGCUGAUACGGUAGACAGAAUCACAUCUUGUCUGUGCGUACUUGGGUCACUCGCUUGCGCAUCAUGACUAUGCGGGGCGAGGCGGGGUGGGGUGGGGGCAACUUUGCCGCAAGUUCGGCGUGACCUACAGGCAGCCUCCGCAAGAGCAACAUGACAAAAAAAGGUUUUGACCAAUGCUGUCCAUGAUUUGGCGUCUGUAUUUAGCCGAAUUCUACAAUUUGAUGAGCGAAUGAAAAGAUCUAAGUAGAAAAUCAAUCGCUGAUUGUCUGCUACUACGGUGAAUCGAUAAUAGGCCAACGUCUUUUGUUGACAGUGCCAUGCUACAUAGUAUUUAGUUGAAACUGUUUCUGUUUGUUAAGGUCUACUUCGUCGCUACUUGGCUUACCUUAGCUGAUGUCACCAUAUUGACGAUUUACUGGAUUUCAUUUUGUCUCGUGAGCCGAUAACGAAUACGCCCUAUCGCUUCGACUUCUUCGAGCAACUAUGCUUUGUUUCUGUCUGUCUCUAUAUUUUAGCACACUGGGGGGUGGGGGCUGAUUUUUAGUAAUGGUUAAAGUAAAGAGAAAUCGAAAAAAGAAAUACUAUAAAUAUAUACGUACGAUUGUAAUUACUAAAAAUGCGGCUGGAUACGGACAGCGGCGGACAUUUUAGCUCGAAGCGGCCUCAGCAGUCAUAUCUAUGAGUUUCCUGCGGUGCCAACUCGGGCCUCGGUGGCAACCAUCGGUACGACCAAUAUCAGGUGAAUUCAAUGAAUUGAACGCAUAGAUAAGCCGGCCUACCACCACAAUUGACUUCAGCGGCCAUUAGGCGUAUCUGGGUUAUUACGGCAGCUUGUGCUUGCGUCCGAGACGACACUUGUGCUGUCAUGCCGCUUGGCAAGUCAGGUUUUUCGUUUGUUCUAUUAGGUACUGUAUGAACGCAUCAUUCAAUUCAUUGUUGGUUUACCAUAAUUUGGUGAUGUUAUUUUGAAUUUAAACGAUGACUGGAGCCUGCUAGCUUGCCACAGUUCCGAUGGAUAUUCUCAAGCAUAUUUGUCUGUUUGACAUGUAUUUGUGUCAAAUUGCCCUAUGCAACCCUUAACUGUAGUCAGUUAUAAUGGAUUUCUAUUCGCAACGUUACGUACGUAGAUGUCUUCAGAGUCCUCAUUCAAUUCAUUCUUUUUUGGUUUGUUUUCCUUUCAGAUUAUCUUCUCCGUGAGUUAUUUAUACUUCACCUUUAUGUGUGACUUGAUUAUAUUUGAUGCUUGCGGAAUGAAUGCCAAUGAAAAUACGAUUUAUGAGAAAAUAGUUGCAUGGUGCAACAAUAUUGCCUUGUUAUUAAUGCCUCUUAGCUUAUCUGUACUGAUUAGUGCUUAGUCUUUCAGCGUAGGUGGGUCAGGCCUACCAUCGCGAUCCCUUUAACCAUACACGAACUGUGUUCCCAGUCCUUCCACCGCACUGGUCCGAAGUGUCCUGAAAUCCAACGAAGUGCAAACAUCAACAGCUCUCAACAUUUGUUCUAGCUGUUCGCUUUGGUUACUCGCAUACGCUCGUAUCAUUUUCAGAAUUGAUCAUUUUUUGCCUUGUUCGGAUGCACUAUCAUGUUCUAAUAGUAUUCGAUUUGGUUUCUGGAUCCCGCAACAUCGAGUUGGUCGUAUACUUAUCGUUUUUCUUUGGGCAUAUGAUACACACAUGCUAUCGGUUGAACCGCCGGUUUGCCUCUUGCCCCCUCGGCUCAACGGUUGCCGCUUGUUGUUUUUUGUGGUUGACGCUUUUCCUAUCGCCAUACUCUGCUACCAACGAAUUCCUUUAACACGACUCU